CCAGAAACUGGAAACUAAAGAACCAGACAAAAAUUCUGGAACAAGAAAGAUCUACCAACUUGGCUGUCAAAGUCACAUUGGAGAAAAAGGUCCUGGCUAUAAAUUAGAAACCAAAGAAAUAUCAGGAUUGGAACAAACCUUAUAA